CUUGGCCGCGCUUUCUCUCGCUCUCUUUCCCUCCUCCGUCUUCCUUCUCCUGUAAGCAUGUCGCCGUUCUGCUAAUCUCUUGCGUCCCGUUUUUUUCUUCGGUUGUUUUGAUUGUUCGUCCAUCGUCAUGGGUUUACCGAUCGUUCUGGAUUAGUGACAGAGAGGAGUUUAAUGUUUUGAGCGGGCAAGAUGUCGAGAGUGGAGACCAAUUGGGAGAGGCUGGUGGAGGCGGUCCUGAGUAGGGAACGCCGGGGUGGGGCUGAUGCGUUCGGUCAAGCUGUUAGCGGCAUUGCGGGAAACGUCCCCUCCUCUCUUGCGAGGAGCGCAGAUAUUGAUGCGAUACUCAGAGCAGCUGACGAAGUACAAGAAGAUGAUCCCAACGUCGCUCGGAUUUUAUGUGAACAUGCAUAUGCCUUGGCACAAAACUUGGAUCCUGAUAGUGAAGGAAGGGGUGUCUUGCAAUUCAAAACUGGUCUGAUGUCAGUUAUCAAGCAAAAACUUGCCAAACGAGAAGCAGGAGUCAUAGAUAGGACCCAGGACAUUGCCCGUUUGCAGGAGUUUUACAAACUAUACAGGGAAAAACACAAAAUAGACGAGUUACAGGAGGAAGAAUUGAGGUUGAGAGAAUCUGGUGCUUUCAGCGGCAACCUUGGCGAGUUAGAACGCAGAAGCCUGAAAAGGAAGAGGGUUUUGGCGACAUUGAAAGUUCUUGGAGCGGUUGUUGAACAGCUCAGUAAGGAAGUAUCCCCAGAAGAUGCAGACAAAUUAAUUCCUGAAGAGUUGAAAAGGGUUAUGAAAUCAGAUGCUGCAAUGUCAGAGGAUCUAGUUGCUUAUAACAUUGUUCCAUUGGAUUCUCCAUCUUCAACAAAUAUGAUUGGUUCUUUUCCUGAGGUUAAGGCUGCUAUUUCAGCACUUAGAUACCACAGUGGAUUACCAAAGUUGCCUAAUACCUUCUCUGUGCCAGCAACAAGGACUGCAGACAUACUAGAUUUUUUGCAGUAUGUAUUUGGAUUUCAGAAAGACAAUGUGGGCAAUCAACGUGAGCAUGUUGUUCUCCUGUUGACUAAUGCACAAAGUCGUCUAGGAAUUCCGGGAGAAAUUGAACCAAAAUUGGAUGAGGCUGCUAUUGACAAGGUCUUCACAAAGUCACUUCAAAACUACAUGAAUUGGUGCAACUAUUUGGGUAUUCAUCCUGCAUGGAACAAUCUGGAUCUCAACAAGGAGAAGAAGAUAACACUGAUUUCCUUGUACUUCUUGAUCUGGGGGGAAGCUGCAAACAUCAGAUUCUUGCCUGAGUGCUUAUGUUACAUUUUUCAUCAUAUGGUAAGAGAGAUGGAAGAGAUGUUGCGGCAGCAUGUGGCACAACCAGCCCACAGUUGCUCUUCUUCUAGUGGUGUUUCAUUCCUUGACCAAAUAAUUUCUCCGCUUUAUGAAGUUAUUGCUGCGGAGGCUCGAAACAAUAACAAUGGUAAAGCACCUCAUUCUGCAUGGCGGAAUUAUGAUGACUUCAAUGAGUACUUUUGGUCACUUAAUUGCUUCGAACUUAGUUGGCCGUGGCGCAAUACCUCAUCAUUCUUCUCGAGGCCCCAAGGGAAGUCCAAGAGGGUCUGCUUACCCAGUGGAAGUCAUCACAGGGGCAAAACGUCUUUUGUUGAACAUCGGACAUUUCUGCAUCUUUACCAUAGUUUUGACCGUUUAUGGAUCUUUCUCGUCAUGAUGUUCCAGGGGCUGGCUAUCCUUGCUUUCAACAAAGGAAAGUUCAAUUCAAAGACCGUACAUGAGCUACUAAGUUUAGGUCCAACUUUUGUAAUAAUGAAGUUUUUUGAGAGUGUACUGGACAUUGUCAUGAUGUAUGGGGCAUAUUCAACAACUCGUCGUUUAGCUGUGAUGAGAAUCGUUCUCCGUUUUCUUUGGUUCGGUGUUGCUUCAGCAUUUGUAUCAUAUCUUUAUGUGAAAGGAUUUCAGAAUCCAAAGUCUGUUUUCUACAAGACCUACAUCUUUGUUCUAAUUGCAUAUGCAAGUGUCCAGCUGGCCUUUAGCCUGCUCUUGCGCAUUCCAGCUUUUCAUAAGCUUACAAACCGAUGUGAUCAAUGGCCUGUUAUGCGAUUUAUCAAGUGGAUGCAUCAGGAAAGGCAUUAUGUUGGACGAGAAAUGUAUGAGCGACCAAUUGACUUUAUCAAAUAUGUGAUUUUCUGGCUUUGCGUAUUUGGAGCAAAAUUCUCAUUUGCCUAUUUCCUCCAGAUAAGGCCAUUGGUCAGUCCUACGAAAGUUAUUAUAAAUCUCAAUGGGCUAGAGUAUUCAUGGCAUGAUCUUGUAUCAAAACAUAACCAUAACGCUUUGACAAUUGCUAGUUUAUGGGGCCCAGUUAUUGCGAUCUAUCUUCUCGAUUUUCAGAUUUUCUAUACACUCUUUUCUGCAAUUGUUGGCUUCUUGCUUGGGGCAAGUGAUGGUCUAGGCGAGAUUCAUUCUAUUGAUGCUGUUCAUGAGCUUUUUGAGAAGUUUCCUGAAGCUUUCAUGAAGUAUCUUCAUGUGCCAACCAAAGAGAGUUCUUUUUAUGCUUCCAAUCAGGACUAUAUUCAGAGAGACAAGGCAUAUGCUGCCAAGUUUGCUCCAUUUUGGAAUGAGAUUGUUAAAACCUUGCGGGAGGAAGACUAUGUCACUAAUUUGGAAUUGGAAUUGCUGCUUAUUCCCAGGAAUACCGGUGUUCUUCCUAUGGUGCAGUGGCCCUUGUUCCUUCUUGCCAGCAGGGUGUUUAUGGCCAAAGAUUUUGCAGUGGAGAACAAGGACAAUCAAGAUAUUCUGUGGGAAAAAAUAUCAAGGGAUGAUUACAUGAAAUAUGCUGUUAAGGAAUGCUAUCAUAAUGUGAAAUUCAUUUUAUUGUCGAUAUUGGAUUUUGUGGGUCGGCAGUGGGUGGAGAGGGUAUUUGAAGUCAUAGAUGGCAGUCUGUCUAAGGGAUCAAUACACCAAGACCUCCAGCUAAGCAAGCUGCCACUUGUGUUCUCCAGGCUUACUGCAUUGACUGGGAUACUGAAAGAGGAGGAGUCCAAGGAAUUGACCAUGGGUGCCAUCAAAGCUGUUCAAGAUCUUUACGAUGUUAUGAUGCAUGAUGUGCUGUCAGUUAAUAUGAGUAUGAACUAUGAUAUUUGGAGCAGUAUAUCGAAUGCAAGGGUUGAAGGACGCCUGUUUGCUGAGCUAAAAUGGCCUAAAGACUCUGAAUUGAGAGCACAAAUAAGGAGGUUACAUUCACUCUUGACUAUCAAAGAUUCUGCUGCCAAUAUUCCUAAGAACUUGGAGGCAAGGCGUAGACUGAAGUUUUUCACAAAUUCUCUAUUAAUGGACAUGCCCAAGGCUAAGCCAGUGCGUGAGAUGCUCUCUUUCAGUGUCUUCACUCCAUACUAUUCUGAGAUUGUUCUAUAUAGUGUGGCUGAGCUUCAAAAGAAAAACGAAGAUGGUAUAUCCACUUUGUUUUAUCUCCAGAAGAUUUUCCCAGACGAAUGGAAAAAUUUUCUGGAGCGACUUGGCAAAGAUGAAAGUGCAUCAGAUGCUGAAACCUUCAGUAGUCCUGAUGAUGUAAUGGAGCUGAGGUUAUGGGCAUCUUAUCGUGGGCAGACAUUAGCCAGAACUGUUCGUGGGAUGAUGUAUUACCGGAAGGCGCUUAUGCUCCAGAGCUAUAUUGAAAGACUAGCUUGCGGAGAUAUGGAAGAAAUAUCGUUGCCUGAGGAUGCAAUGGACACCCAAGGCUUUGAGUUGUCUCGUGAAGCUCGGGCUCAAGCAGAUGUGAAGUUUACGUAUGUUGUCACGUGUCAGAUAUAUGGCAAGCAAAAGCAAGAUAAAAAGUUGGAGGCUGCUGAUAUAGCUCUGCUUAUGCAGAAGAAUGAAGCCCUUAGAGUUGCAUUCAUUGAUGAGGUUGAGACUUUGAAGGAUGGAAAACCUUCCACUGAGUAUUAUUCCAAACUUGUGAAGGCAGAUGUAAACGGGAAAGAUAAGGAAAUUUAUUCCAUAAAGCUGCCUGGAAAUCCAAAACUUGGAGAAGGAAAGCCUGAAAACCAGAACCAUGCUAUUAUUUUUACACGGGGAAGUGCAGUUCAGACAAUCGACAUGAAUCAGGAUAAUUAUUUUGAGGAGGCUCUGAAAAUGAGAAAUCUUCUUGAAGAAUUUGACCGUGAUCAUGGCCUUCGACCACCAACCAUACUUGGUGUAAGAGAGCAUGUUUUCACUGGAAGUGUGUCAUCCUUAGCUUCAUUUAUGUCCAAUCAAGAAACAAGUUUUGUGACUUUAGGACAGCGUGUGCUGGCUAAUCCUCUGAAGGUUCGCAUGCAUUACGGCCAUCCGGAUGUCUUUGAUAGAGUUUUCCACAUAACAAGGGGUGGUAUCAGUAAGGCUUCCCGUGUUAUUAAUAUAAGUGAAGACAUCUAUGCAGGAUUCAAUUCAACGUUGCGUCAAGGAAAUGUUACCCACCAUGAGUAUAUUCAGGUUGGUAAAGGAAGGGAUGUUGGGCUUAAUCAGAUUGCUUUAUUUGAGGGAAAGGUUGCUGGUGGCAAUGGUGAACAAAUUCUCAGUAGGGAUGUCUACAGACUUGGUCAACAAUUUGACUUCUUUCGGAUGCUUUCAUUUUUCUAUACUACAGUUGGAUACUACUUUUGUACAAUGUUAACAGUGCUGACUGUAUAUAUAUUUCUUUAUGGGAAAGCUUAUCUGGCCUUAUCUGGUGUUGAUGCAUCCAUUUCAGACAAAGCUCAGAUAAUGCAUAAUACUGCACUAAAUGCUGCUCUUAAUGCACAGUUUCUGUUCCAAAUUGGAAUAUUUACUGCAGUUCCUAUGAUAUUGGGCUUCAUUUUGGAGCAGGGAUUUGUGAAGGCAAUUGUGAGCUUUGUGACCAUGCAGCUGCAGUUGUGUUCUGUCUUUUUCACCUUCUCUCUUGGUACUAGAACCCAUUAUUUUGGUCGCACGAUCCUUCAUGGUGGUGCCAGGUAUCAAGCCACUGGAAGAGGGUUUGUUGUUCGGCACAUAAAAUUUGCUGAAAAUUAUCGGCUAUAUUCUCGUAGUCAUUUUGUCAAAGGCUGGGAAGUUGCUUUGUUGCUGAUUAUUUUUCUUGCCUAUGGGUAUAUUGAAGGCAAUGCCUUAUCCUACAUCCUUCUCACUGUGAGCAGUUGGUUCUUGGCAUUGUCUUGGCUUUUUGCACCCUAUAUUUUCAAUCCCUCAGGCUUUGAGUGGCAGAAGACUGUAGAGGACUUCAAUGAUUGGACAAACUGGCUUCUAUAUAGAGGAGGUGUUGGAGUUAAAGGAGAGGAGAGCUGGGAAGCUUGGUGGGACGAAGAACAGGCUCACAUCCGAACAUUAGGAGGCAGAAUUUUCGAGAUCAUCUUAAGCUUGCGCUUCUUCAUUUUCCAGUAUGGUGUUGUAUACAAGUUGAAUCUUUCAGGAUCAAGUACUUCACUAACGGUGUAUGGAUUAUCAUGGGCCAUUCUUGCUGUACUGAUUGUUCUUUUUAAGGUGUUUACAUUUAGCCAAAAAACGUCCGUGAAUUUUCAACUUGUGUUGCGGCUCAUCCAGGGAGCAGCAUUUUUGUUAGCGAUCAUUGGUAUAGCAGUUGCAGUGGUUUUGACUGAUCUUUCCUUGAUAGACAUUUUUGCAUCCAUUCUGGCCUUUGUACCGACUGGUUGGGGAAUCCUCUCUAUUGCUGUAGCUCUGAAGCCACUGAUGAAGAAACUUGGUCUAUGGAAGUCAGUUCGUUCCCUUGGUCGACUCUAUGAUGCUGGGAUGGGCAUGCUGAUUUUCAUCCCCAUUGCGAUUCUUUCAUGGUUCCCAUUCAUAUCCACAGUUCAAGCACGAAUGCUGUUCAACACAGCCUUUAGUCGGGGAUUGGAGAUCUCUGUCAUCCUUGCUGGCAAUAAUCCCAACACUGGACUAUGAUUUUUAUGUACCAACAUUGUGCGUCCAUCUAGCAAUUUCAAUAAGAAUCAAGUUGCACGAGGGUUUAUCUCAUCUAUUCUGGAAAUAUGGGGUGGACAAAAAUUCUUUGCUGGCAUCCUUGAACCUUGCACCUUGCAGCUUUUUUGCUUACCACUAGUACCACACGAAGAUAUGGUUUCUGCUUUUGAAGGUUUUUAGGCUGCCAUGGAAGAGGACUUUAGGAUGCCUGCUUGCGAGUUUGGGAUACUCAAGCAAUCUCUCAUUGUCAGAGAAAAAGUCUGGGAUCAGAAUAUCCUGAAACCGGUUUUUCCAUUGCGAAGACCACUAUCCAAAGCCAGAGAAACAUAUGUAAUGCUUUACAAAGGCUCAUCUUAGGGCGUUGAGUUUUUUAUUUGUGCCUAGGCAAUCAGUAGAAUAUCUUAUGUAUCUUUUCUGUAAACAUUUGUAUGCGCUUUUUUUUUUCACAGUUUGAGCAGUGGAUGGAUUCUGGGGCUUCUUUGUCUGCGGAACUUUGAAUUUUAAGCUGACUUGUGCAUUACUAUUUUUCAUGUUCAA